AUGGCUAGUGCUGCACUGGAUAGUGUUCCCCAGUUCAAAGACCGCGCCAAAAAGAUUGGAGUCACAGAUGAGGUGCUUCAAGAGUUGAUCGCCGCCAAUUUCGACACCUUCGGCAAGUUGUGUUUCGCGGCAUCCUCCUCACCCCAUCAGCUCGAUGACGCUGCCGUGACUGCUUGGAUGGAAGCCACUUUUGCCAACCCUUUGUCUCCAUUUCAGACGGCUUGCAUCAGACGAUUGAUGUUUGAAAGUCAAUCCAUGAAUAUUGCUGAGCUGCGCUCCCGUGUCGAACCCAAUGGUGAGGCCCAGGUUCGAAAGUUGCCCCCGGCAGAGCGUGCAGCAAGGGCCAAGGCCCAAGAGGCGCGUCUCCAAGGUGUUGUGUUCACUCCGGAGACCUCCCCUGCCAAUUGCCUUGUUGAUCUGUUUGUUGACAUGGGGGAACAGGGGAUUCUCACUUACCUGGGUCCCGAAAGGUGCAUCUCCCGUGCGCAAGAGCUGCAGCUCUCUCGUAAGGACAAGUCCAUUCAGGUCGAGGCCGAUGGUCGGCUGCGUGUGAUCGCCCACUCCAAGGACCCUACUUGUGAGGUAUCCUCUGACACUAAGUUGCGGGCGGCCUGGCUACGCCGCUCGCUUGCCAUGGACCAAGCCGGUCUUUGCAGUUUCAUAGAAAUCGAAAAGUGGGUGCAACACUUGUUCUCCAUACAGGCGCGUGAGGUGGGUUUCCAAUCAAUCAGUGUGCAGCAGCUCAUAUCUGCCGACAAAGCCUUGUUCAUUUUCGCUUCCGAGAAGAUGAUCGGAACCUUGCUUGCUGCUCCCAACCAGCCUAAGCCGCUUGAUGCGCAGAUCCGCACCCUCAUGUACGCCAACGAGGUGGUGCAGUUCCAGCCCAAAGGGGGGGGUAAGGGCACUACCCCCAAAGGAAAGCGCGAUGGUAAGACUCCUGAAACUGCCUUGAUCGUUCCCGAGGGCUGUGUGUCUAAGACCGUGGACGGCAAGCCCAUUUGCCCUGGCCUCUUCUUUUCUCCAGCAAAGAACACCUUUACCGGGCCGGGGAAGACAUUUGUGGUGGGGGCCUAUGUGUUUUCCAACGACGUGGGCCUCACGGCUUCUUUCAGAGACUACCCUCAGUCGGCCCGCGUCUUCACCACGCUGGUGCGGCAUUUCGCACCCCUGCAUGCUUUUAGCUCCAUCGCCAUUUUUCAGGACCUUGAAGCGCCCGUGCAUCAAGAUGUGCAUAAUGCGGAGGGCAGUUUGAAUUUCCUCAUAGCUCUCUCAGACUUUCAGGAGGGCGCCAUCAUCGUCGAGGACCCUGAUGGCCCGGAACGUGCUGUGCUUCGAGACCAAGUCAUGCGUGGUCGCGUCAUACCUUGGCACUUGCAUACCCUGUGCUUUGAUGCCCGUAAUCAGAAACACUGGACCCAGCCUUGGAAGGGUUCCCGCACUGUCCUCGUGGCCUAUAGCGUUCGGGACUUGCACUUGCUGUCCGAGCAGGACGCUGUUCGCCUGCGUGAUGCAGGCUUCCAGGUCGUCUCCGUGGAUCAUAAGGUUCGUGGUGCUCUGGUUCCCAUUUGCCAGUUGGACUUGUGCAAUGCUGCCUGUCAACAAAUGAUCCUUCACCUCCUGCAGACUGUACCGCCGGCUUUCGUACAUCUUGGUUUUCCGUGUGGCACAUCCUCCCGGGCCCGUGACCGCCCUGUGCCUCUGCAUCUGCGACUCGCAGGGGUCCCCGACCCGAAGCCCCUCCGGUCUGCAGAGCACCCUCUAGGACGCCCGGACAUAAGCCCCGACAGUGUGGAUGCCUUGAAGGUUGCCGCGGCAAACGAGCUUUACCGCUUUUCGGCCCAGGUCCUUCGCUGGUGCCUGGAAAACAACGUGCCUGUCAGCUUGGAGAACCCAGCCCGGAGUUGGGCUUGGGCCGCGCUCAUGAUUCAUGUGCGUGAAUGGCCGCUUGCCACGCAACGCGCCUUUAAUCGCUUGUCCCAGGUUCUCUUUGCUGCCUGUGAGCAUGGCGGAAGCCGCGCCAAACGAACGAAGUUGUUGGCCGAGUAUCCUGCUCUUUUGGCACAACGCAUGGCCGCCCGGGUCCGAGUGUUCGUGCAAGAGUCCCGUCCCUCCGUCUUUCAGUCCGAGCUGCGCUUGCGUGACCUCGCCUCUGCAGCCGCGCAGAAGCAGCGUCGCCGCCACCCGCCUCUCUUGCCCGAGUUUGCAGAAGUCCUCUGGGAGUUCUUCGACAGGGCUAUCACAUUGGCACAUCCUGUCGACACGGUCAACCCAGUGGACCAGAGCACCCUGGAUGCAAUCGACUUCUGCGCCAGUCAGUCUAAGCAACAUGUGGACAUGAUCAGGAAACUUGCCAUCUUGAAACUUAAAUUGCUGAUUAAAAAGCUUGCCCCAGAGGAAAGUCGCUUGCACCAGAGGCUGCCGGCCUCUGUUCAAAAGGUCGUUCGCAACAAGAAUCUUCUGGCAUGGCAGGCUUUGCUUCAGGCCUAUCACCUGCCCAUGACGCAAUGUGAUGGCCGAACGUGGUAUUAUUUCUACGGCAUGGGUCAGCCACUUAGAGGUGCCAAAGAGGUGGACUGGUCCACCUUCUGGUUCACAUACGAGGACUCUGUGAUUCAGCAAGAUAGAGAUAAGAUUUUGAGCAUCUUGAAGAAGAGCGAAAAGGCCAAGCAAAACAGACAGAAAACAGCAGAGGCCCUGAGUAGCUACUUUCAGGAGACCAUCAGGCAGCUGCCACCGGCCAAAGCUGCAGAGAGAAAGAAAAGCUUGGCCAAAAAGACCAAAAAAGAGGAGGGAGCAGUCGGAAACAAAAAGAAGGAGGGAGAGGCCGGCGGCAGCAGCGGAAGCACCAAACCCAGCUCAAAGAUGCCGACUUGCGAGCCUGGAAGCUCGUACGAAAACACAAAAUACGACGACGUGAACGAAGCCAUGGACAAUUUCAUCAAAAAAGGCAAGCCCGAGUACUUGCACGUGCUCACGGAUGCAAAAAACGGCCGAUGGCGAAUAACAUGGAAGAGUGCCGAGGCCACCGAGCAGCGGAGUAUAUCGUGGACCAGCGUGGGAGCAAAGCUUGCAGCUGAGGAGGUCCUGACACAAGCCUGGAAUUGGAGCGUCACCCACAGAGGCGAGGCCAUGACAGAGCACGCUAAAAAGGUCCUUGCCGAGCUGCGAAGCUACAAGGCCCCUGAGUCUCCUGCCGCAGCUGCCCAUUCCGUGCCUGUUGAGGUUCGCCUUGCAUCCUUGAGCCGUGACGUGGCCUUGCUCGGGAUAACGCUGAUCAGCUUGAACAGGACUCCACCCGCCUUGCUGCUAUCAGCCACUUUCUACAGGCCUUGGUACAACACUUGUCCCGAGAGCUUGAGCCAGGACACCCGGCAAGCUUUACAUGUCCUGUCCUGCACGGCCUCGGGUCGGUCGCUGUGGAAAAUGCCCUGGGAUGUGGGUCUAUUGGCCUAUGACCCCACGCCCAAGCCCUUGAAGCCUUUGGCGACAGUGCUGCCGACUUUUGCGAGUCCCACUCCAUCAAGCGAGCCAGUCGAUACUCCCCCGGUUCUGCAGAAGCUUAAACGGCCGUGUUUUGAUAAGCUCUACAGCUCGGCCUUUCCUUUGUCAGUGUUUCUGAAACGCUUGUCAAUGUUGGCAUGCAUGACUGGCAUUGAGCUCGACGUGUUCCACGUACCCGGCGAAAAGAAUGACGAUGCAGAUUUGCUCUCCCGCUGGAGUGAUGAGUCCCAGCCCUUGCCUGCCAAGUUCCUUCCGGACUUUCGUGUGGACUGCAGCCUUGCACGCAUCUGGCACUUCCGUUCCGAUGUGCGCCUUUGGCCUCCAGAUGCCAAGCUCAAAUGGCAGCCGCCAUAA